GGGGAGGAGAAGAAAAUGAAGACAAAAGAAGAGGGGGAGGAGAAGAAAAUGAAGACAAAAGAAGAGGGGGAGGAGAAGAAAAUGAAGACAAAAGAAGAGGGGGAGGAGAAGAAAAUGAAGACAAAAGAAGAGGGGGAGGAGAAGAAAAUGAAGACAAAAGAAGAGGGGGAGGAGAAGAAAAUGAAGACAAAAGAAGAGGGGGAGGAGAAGAAAAUGAAGACAAAAGAAGAGGGGGAGGAGAAGAAAAUGAAGACAAAAGAAGAGGGGGAGGAGAAGACGGACGAAAGGUUGACGACGAGGCUUUCAGAAGAGCUAGAUCAGUCUGA